GAUUUAUUUCUUAUGAUUUCUGCAUUGAAUUUAGAACGUUGUAUUUUCUAUGUCCUUAAUCCUGCGUGGACGAAGAAAAGAAGUUAAGUUAGCAUUAAAUCAUUAUCUUGAAAGCUAACGUUUUUUAUAUUAUUAAUUGUAAUAUAAUUUGUUGUAAAAACAUAUUUUUAAAAUUAACCAAUGGAUAAACAUGAGUUACCUUCAGACAGUGACGCCAGUGAUGAAGAUUAUGUUCCGAAUGGUGUAGAAGCCGAAUUGCUUUCAGAGGAAGAAUCUGACGGUGUUGAUGACGAACUUACAGAAAAUGUACAAGGUAAUAAAAAACGAAAAAGUCGAACAAAGAAAAUUUCGAAAAAGCCUAAAAUUGAUGAAAACAAUGCAGAAACUGAAAAAGCUGAGGCCGAUAAGAAAUUUGUUGAAAUGUCAGAGGACGAAAAACGAAAGCAUGAAGAAAAUUUGUGGGCAAGCUUUUUAGGUAGUGAUGCAGAUAAAAAAGAUAAAAAUAGUUCAGAAAAUAAAGAUUCUAGACCUAAAUCGAAUGGAAAUAGUGUUCCUAAUGAAAUAUGUAAAAAACCUGUACCAAAACCUGUUACCAUCUUAGAGUUUGCGGGCGAGGAAAUUCGAGUUGAUGAAACACCUCAUGAAACUGUAACGAAUCAGCCGAGUGAUCCACGUGUUUCAAAUGCUAGUGCAUCAACAAGCAGUAACAAUGAGAUAAGUGUUCCAAAAACUAGCUUACCUAAAGGUCGUGGGAAAGGCGGAUUAGGUGUGUCAGCGUUACUUAGCCAAAUUGGGAAAAAAACUAAAAUUAGCACUUUAGAAAAAUCGAAACUGGAUUGGGAUAGAUUUAAGAAUAAAGAAGGAUUAAACGAAGAAAUAACAAAUCAUAAUAAGGGCAAAGAUGGAUAUUUGGAGAGACAGGACUUCUUACAACGCACUGAUUUAAGACAAUUCGAAAUAGAAAAACAACUUCGAACUGUUACCCGUAGAAGUAACAAAUAAAUUGAAGUGUAGUAUUUAUUAAUUUUCAUAAUUAUUUGUACGUUAAU